ACUUUUUUACAAUGUCAGAAUCAAGAUUAUGGAUAAGACUUAUCUAUAAUUGUGGUCGGAGUAUCCGAAUGUCGAAACAUUAUCAGUUCGCGGCAUUCCCCAUAACCCAUCACAUAGAACUAUAUAAAUUUAACAGAUUUAUGCAUUUAUACGAAUUUUGAUUAUAUUUUUGAGUGCAUUGCUUUUUGUUGUGCUCCGUAUAUUUUUGAAUAAAAAUGUAGUUGAUAAUGAUAAAAAAUGUAAUAAGUUAAAUUUUACUCACAUGUACAUUGAAGUAUCUGUGGUUCCAAAUUAUUUGAAAAUUUGUUGAUUUAUUCAGAUGAAUUCCGUGAACUAUAAUUCAAAUUAAUAAUAAGCUAUUUUCGUUACAUUUUUAAAAGUCAAGAUUUUAUAUCGAUAAGUUAAUUUAAUUAAUGAAAUAGAAGAAAUUAAAUCAAAUUAUGGCAGAAAGUUUAGAAGAAUUAAAAAUCAAUAUACGGAGUUUGCUAACCAGUUCUCCAAAAAAACUUAGUAUAGAACAGCUACUUAAAGAUUAUUAUGCACAAGAAGGUGAAAAAGUGCCUUAUGUAAAAUUUGGAUUUAAAACAAUUUUUGAUUUACUUAGAAUUAUGAGUGAUGUAUUGGUGCUACCACCUAAUCCAAAUAAAGAUACACUUUUAACUCUUGUUGUGGGAGAUAAAACUAGUCAUUUGAGAAAUUUGGUUGUUAAACAAAAAAUUCCUAAGAAAAAAAAAUCAAAGUCUGGUCUUAAAAAUAGAUUUAAUGUGCGCAUAUCUAAUGGAAACAAAAUACAUGGUGGAAAUAACUAUAGAAGGAAUCAAAUUAAUUAUGUUGCUAACAAAAAUCAAUCAUUUAACAAUUUUACUUAUAAAAAUAACAAAGAUUACCAACACAAUACUACUCAUUAUAAUAAAACGUACCAUUGUCAGCCAAUAAAUCAACAAAUUAUAAAUAAUGAUAAAGUAAACAAAAAUGAAGUGUCUACUAAGUUCAAUUCUAUUCAAAGUAGUUUUAGUAAUACUACUGAAAUUAAACCUAAAAUUGUAACCAAGAGUCUUAAUGCAUCUUGUUUUGAAGAUAAAGGAAUUUAUUCAUCAUCUUUAUCGAGUAGUUUUUCAUCAACAUCCAGUGAAACUAUGUUACAAAAAUCUGUCUCUCAUAAUUUGUAUAAUUUACAUUCAUAUAUACGACAUUUUUUGUCAAAAAGUGAAACGGAACAUACAUUAGAUUCUUUAAAAAAACACAUUCAAAGUAAUCCAACUUAUAGUAAUAUAGAUGAAAAACUAAUUGAUACAGAAAUAAUCAAUUUUAAAGACUUAAUGGAUUCAAGAAAUAUGUAUUUAUAUUUGGAAAACAAUAAAAAAUUAAAAGAUUCCUCUAAUAUAUCAAAUCAGUCAACCAAUAUGAUUAAAAUUGUUACAAGUACACCAAUUGGAUCACAGACAUCAAAAUUUCCUCACAAAAAAGAAUGUAACCAGAAUAGCUCAUUUAAAAAAAAUUGUUCUAUAAAUCAAAAUGAUCAUAAAAAAGAAGUAAAAAUAUCAAAAGUAAAUAAUUGCAAUCUUGGGAAAAAUAAUUUUGGGCCUAAAACCAUGACUGAUUAUGUGAUGAACCGUGUAAAUGCAAAUUCAAACCUUAAAUUAGAUCAUAAAAGUAUAUCUCUUAUUGAUAAAUCUAAGUAUCUCUGUCAAGUUAUGCAAUCAAAGAAUAAUUCAAAUAAUGUCAACAAUUUAAACAAAAAUGCAUUAGUUAAUGGUUUAAAUAAUAUGCAGUCUAAUUGCAGUUUGAAUCAUUCUACAUCACUUAAUAAUUGUGGAGAAACUUCAAAUAAUAUCUUUGGAUCAAAAAUAAUUUAUUGUGAUAAUGAAAACUUGAAUAAAAUAUUUUAUAGUGUGAAAGAUGAACUCCAUAAAAAACUGUUAUCCAAUAUGAUUUUUCUGUUAAGAAACUAUUUUUGUGCAAUUCAUUUGAACAACCUAAAAUAUAUUUAUAAUAGAUCUUUUGAUGACACACUUGAGCCAAACAAUUUUGGUUUUUCAUCUGAUGAAGAGCUCUUGAAAUUUUUUGAUGGAAUAAUUAGUAUGAAAAUCAAUAUAAUUUAUCCAAAACCUUCAUUGAAAAAUUCAAAUAUUCAUGAGGAAAUUUUUAACAGAUAUAAAAAUAAUUUAAAAAAUAUUUCUACAAAAGAUAUAAAUUGUAAGUAUUACUCAGAGAAAAAUAUUGAAGUAACUUUUAAGUUAGAUCAGGAAAAACUUCCUAUAAUUCAAAAUUCAAAAGAUAGAAUGGUGUUAUCUGAAGUGUACAAUCCAACUUUAUUUUAUCUUCGUUUGGCUUAUAAAACCAUACAACUCGAACAGUUAUCAACUAAAAUACAGAAAUUUUAUGGUCAAGAACAAGAAGAAAGUAGAUAUUUAGUUAACCCAGAACACAUAACACCAGGAAGAGUAUUUGUUACUUCUUAUUUAUCUUACUCCAAUAUUAAACAUUGGAACAGAGUUAAAGUGUUAAAAGAAAUUGAUAAAAAUAGUGUUGAAAUACUUCAAGUAGAUUAUGGGACUGUUGAUUGUAUUCCAAAAUCUGAAUUGAGGCUGAUGAAAACUGAAUUCAGUACUCUACCAGGUCAAGCUAUUCAAUGUUGCUUGACUGGAUAUAAUGAAAUUUGUACCAUACCUGUAGAUGUUACUGAAGCAUUUGUCAAACUUACCAAUAAUAUAAUACUUGAUGUUCUUAUUGAUCAUCUUUACCAAAUUAAUAAUAACUAUCAAGUAAUCCAUGUUACAUUAUUUUUCAAAAGCAAUUUUAAAGAAAAAAAUUUAAAUCAUGAAUUAACUCUAAAUUAUUUGUAGCUGAUGAAUUAAAUAAUCAUGUAUUUGUGAAGACAGAAUUUUAACGUCAACAUUUUUAUAAUAUACCACUAUGAAUACAAAUAUUUUUUAUUAUUAUUGGACUUUGCAAACAUCGAUAAAAUUUUAAGUUUGGACUGUUAGUUUUUUAUAAUGCGUUUUGAAAUUAUUAGCAAAAAUAAAUGUUGAGUAUAGUUUUUGCGUUAAUUACAAAAACAAACGUUUGAUUACUUUUAAAUGUAAUGAAAAAUGAUUUUAUAUUUUGUAUGGAAUAUAAAUAUUUGUUAUGAUAUUUAAUUUUAAGUUUUAAUUAAUUGUUCUUAAUAUUUUAACAACUUAAUAAAUGAAACUCAAAUUGUAACUGAUAUUCAAAUCUUAGAAAUAUUUUUUAUAUCUCUCCAAUAGAAACCAUAAAAAAAAUUAAAAUACAAAAGACUUAUU